UAUGCCAUCGGUUUUUCGAAUGAGAUUAGAGGCCCUUCGUUCUCUAGGGUUUAGGGUUUCAAAGCUCAGACCACUUUGUUACUUCUCUUUGCACUCAAUUCAACCCUGUUAAAAUUCCUACGAGUUUUAGGUUUCCAUUUCAAGUCACUAGGCAUCUUCUCACUCUACAAAAUAGCUAAAAGAUGCGCUUGCGCCAUUAAAGAAAACCAUUGGUUUUAGACAAUGUCUGGAGCGGUUAAGCUCUCCUCAAGCAAUUUACCAGGUUAUGGGCUAUCAGAAGGAAGUCAAUUCCCCUUUGGAGUUUCAAGAAGAACAGUUGUUUCAUCUUAUCCAUAUUCCAAUGAUUUCAAAUAUUAUGCAAGGCCUAAGCUUUCCAUGAGAAAAUCCUUUGUUCCUGGCUCUAGAUACUGUUCUCUUUAUGUGUGUGCCGGGGACUCCGGCUUCCGUAGAAACCCAGAUUUCUCGAGGCAAAACAGACAAGGAUAUCGAGGGCGAAACAGGCCAAACCAAGAGAGAGAGAGCUUAGAGAACCUUGAAGAUUCAGAAUAUAUCUCCUCAAAAAACGGUCCAUUACUAUCUUUCUCUAGGAGCUCCAAAUUCCAAGCAACCUCCGCACCAGGGGCUAGAGAGAGUGAGAUUGUAGAGCUUUUCAGGAAGGUCCAAGCCCAACUUAGGGAAAGGGCUGCAAUCAAAGAGGAGAAGAAAGUUGAGGCGUCUCAAGCACAGGGUGAAAAAGGCACAGUAGACUCUCUCCUUAAACUACUGAGGAAACAUUCUGCACAACAUGGUAAGAAGAAACCUCAAGUUGGGGAUUUUGAUCGAGAGCUUUCAGAGACAACCAGCCAACUUGACCACGAGAAAAGCUUGAACUUGUUCGAUUCUAAUAAUGAAGUUAAGAGAGAGGAAGAGGAUAUUGAUAAAAAUGAAAUAGUUGGAAGAGAGGAGGUCGAAGAAUCGGAGACUGUCUCUUUUGCCAGGCCAGCUUCAAAUUUCAGGAGAAGAUCACCAGUUCCUCGAGUGAAAUACCAGCCUGUUUAUUCUACAGAGAAUACCAGUUCUUCAGAUUUAUCAUUCAAGGUUGAAAAGAAGAGCAACAAGAGGGCUUCUGAACCGCAACCAAAUCUUGUUUCUUCCACUAUGGACGAUGAAGUUUAUACUAAGCUUUCUGAGUCCUCAGAUGAGGAACCAGAGGAAGCAAAAAAUGAGCUUAUGGACCAGGCACUCUCUGAAGAGAGAGAAAUGAACCCCAUAAAGUUGGAAAGAGAAUUGAAUUCCACAAACUUACAGAGAGAUUUGAACUCCAUGAAGUUAUCGGAGUUAAGGGCUCUUGCAAAGUCUCGUGGAGUGAAGGGCUACUCGAAGCUGAAGAAAGGUGAGCUUCUUGGGUUGUUGAGUGAAGAUGUAGAGAGUUACUGAUUUUUCGGUGCCUAUUGUUAAACUUUUAAGUUCUUGUUUUCGCUUUCUUUUGCUUUUUUAAGUCUUGGGAUUUUUGUGUUACAUGGGAAAGCACAGUCUCGAGUUUUAGCUUAGAACGUAAAGAGGAGCUCAGUGGAGGUCGAGUUUUAGCUUAGAAGGUAAAGAGGAACUCAGUGGCGGAUAUAGGGGCUCUAUAAUCAGUUUUGAGGUGGAUGAUCAUGUUAAUUUUGCUUGGUAUGUGUAUAGGCUGGUCGCCUCCUUUUGGAACUGCUUUCAUCACAAUAGAGCAACAUAUUUCUUUCA